AGAUUAAUAAACCAAAUGGCCGUGGAAACCCCCAUCCCCACCACGUCCUCCACAUCCCUCGGCCCGGCCACGAACGAGAAAGAUGCCGAGAAGCUCCGUUUUAUCGAUGAGAUGACCGCCAACGCGGACACGGUCCAGGAGAAGGUGCUGGCCGAGAUCCUUAGCCGGAACGCCGAGACCGAGUACGUCCAGAGGUACAAGCUUGGCAGUGCCACCGACCGUGCCACCUUUAAGGCUAAGAUCCCCAUGGUCACCUAUAAGGACCUCCAGCCGGAGAUCCAGCGCAUCGCCAACGGAGACUGCUCUCCCAUCCUCUCCGCCCUCCCCAUCUCCGAAUUCCUCACGAGCUCCGGGACAUCGGCCGGUGAACGGAAGCUGAUGCCUACCAUCAAAGAAGAGCUGGACCGCCGGCAGCUCCUCUACAGCCUUCUCACUCCCGUCAUGAACCUCUACGUGCCGGGACUGGACAAGGGGAAGGCCCUCUACUUUUACUUCGUGAAGUCGGAGACCAAGACUCCCGGCGGACUGUUGGCGCGGCCGGUGCUGACGAGCUACUACAAGAGCGAGCACUUCAAGAGCCGGCCAUACGACCCCUACAACGUCAUCACCAGCCCUACCCCCGCCAUCCUCUGCGCUGACUCCUUCCAGAGCAUGUACGUCCAAAUGCUCUGCGGCCUCCUCCACCGCCUCGAAGUCCUCCGCGUCGGCGCCAUUGAGGAUCACGAGAAGUCAUCACACUUCAUGAAUUACACAACGAUCCUCACAAAGCUGAGAGAACUCUCUUGA